AUGGAGUCCGUCUUUACCGCCCUGCUGCUGGCGAUAGAGAUAAAGCGCCUGCAGGCCGCGCGGGCGGAGGCGGCCGCGGGCGGCGGAAGCGGCUACCAGCCCCUGGCUUCAGACGAUGUGGAGGCCAGGGGCGAAGACGGCAAGGAGGAGCGAACGUGGGCGGCCCUGUUUGUGGACGCCUGCAAGUACGCGUGGCCCGAGGCCAUGGGGCUGCGGCUGAGGGUGCUGGGCUGCGUGGCGAUGAUCAUAUUCAUGCGCUUCCUGAACCUGGCUGUCCCGAUCUUCUACAAGGUGCGGGCGCGGCGCUGA